AUGACGGCGCACAGCUUCGCGCUGCCGCUCGUCCUCUUCUCCGCCUUCUGGGGCCUCGUGGGUAUCGCCGCCCCCUGGUUCGUGCCCAAGGGGCCGAACCGCGGGGUGAUCAUCACGAUGCUGGUCACCACCGCCGUGUGCUGCUAUCUCUUCUGGCUCAUCGCCAUUCUGGCCCAGGCCAACCCCCUGUUCGGGCCGCAGCUGAAGAACGAGACCAUCUGGUACGUGCGCUUCCUCUGGGAGUGAGCAGUCCCCGGGAGCCGGUGCCUGAACAGAUCCCCCCCCAAAAUCGUCACCGUGAGUGGGCAGAGGGCUGGGGUGGCAGAGAUGUCCACGCUUGCCUGCUUGUGUCUGGCUGGGGAGGGAGCUGCAGCCUGGUCCUUGCUGGGUGGGAGAUGCUUUGGCUUUUGUGCAUUGUGGUUGUGGUGAGCUGCUCUCAGCAUGGGGCUGCUGGCUCUGCGCUGGGCCUGAGCAAACCGGGUGCUUCCCCCUGAGCCUAUGGUUCUCUAGGUUUGUGGGGGUUCCCUUGUGGGUGCAGUUUCAUGUUAACUUCUCCUUUCUCCUUCCCCCAGCUCUUGCUGCUGUUCCAGCCUCUACUCUCCCGUAUCAGGCAGCCCCCAGAGGUGCUGGGACAGAGGCUGGACCCGCUGCCCCAGCACACCCUGAGCACUGCAACCUGGACCAAUGAUGGCUGGGCCCCUGAGCAUGGCAGGCAGCAGCCCUGCCUGGGACGAGGGCCUGGUAAGCCCAGCCCUGGGAGCAGCCAUGCUACCAGGGAGAAAUCCCCUCAGAUGGCCGAGUGCUGCAGUCACUGACGCUGAGCACCGUCCUGAGAGAGCUCUGUGUGUAGUGCCAGCGGAUCCUGUCCCUGCAGUGCUCGCCCUGCUCCCUCCAGUGUGCUCAGCCCUAGGCCCCCCGAGUGAAACCCCUGCUCCCAGCCCAAGCUGCCCAACUAGUUACCAUAUCCCUGGUCAUUUCAGGCACUGGCUGCCCCUCUGCUUGAGAAGGCAGGAGCUCAUUGCAUCGUCUGUUCUGUGGUCAGUCCCCUGCGGUGAGGGUGGUCCUUGCUAAGACAGGUUCUGGCUGUGGGUGUGAGAAGGGAGGGCUGACCCUGGAAGAGUGUGCAGACACCCUUGGGUGUGAUUAGGAAGGUGCUGGGGUGCAGGGCAGGGGGUUCUGCUGCUUGGCAGCCUGCUGGAGAGGAUUAAAGGGGUGCUGUGUCUCCUGCCUCAGUAGUGAGGGUGCUGCAGUGUCUAGGUACCACCACCACCCCAACCUGUCCAGGUUCUGAGAACUGAGUAGGGCAUUGUGUUUUCAGUUUUCCCUUAUUUAUCACAUAAUUUAUCUGUAUUUAUUUAUUCAUCUGUGUUUGCUAAAUUUGUGUUGUGGAAAUAAAUCCUUUUUCUAGUAAGCGA